GUUGUGGCAGCCCGAACUGUAGGCGCAGGACACGACCAACUUUCGCGAUUUUGUGCAAUUCUCGGACUUCCACGUCCAAUGCACCACAAAACGUUCAACGCCAUUUCUAAAAAGCUCCAUGGUGCAGCGAUGAGGGCAGUGAGCCAAAACUUGGAGCUGGCGCGAAAUAUCACGAAGGACGCAGCCGGCGGCAGGGAUGUGCCAGUCAUGUUUGAUGGCACCUGGCAAAAAAGGGGCCAUAAAAGCCACAACGGAGUGGGCACAGUUGUGUCCCUGGACACUGGGCUCUGCCUCGACUUCCAAGUUCUUUCGAAUUGCUGCCAUGCUUGCAGUAUCCACAAGGACAUGGGCGACGACGAAGAAGCAUGGCAAGCUUUCCAUCAUCCAGUUUGCGAAAAAAACACGGACUGCUCAUCCCACGCAAUGGAACCCGCUGCAGCAGUGCAAAUAUGGCAGAGGACUUCGUCAUACGAGACCUCACUGCGUUUUACCAGCUUCCUGAGUGAUGGCGACAGCAAGGCCUAUGCUGCAGUGUGUGAGGCAAAAGUAUACGGCGACUCUACCAUUGAGAAAGAGGAAUGCACGAACCACGUUUCGAAGCGCCUCAGAACUGCCCUGCGGAAAUUAGCGACGCCACUGCCACGCGGUGAAAAACUCAAGGAUCCAACAAUACAGAAACUACAGAUGUACUAUAAGAUAGCCAUCACAAGCAACAAAGGCAGUGUCCGAAGCAUGUACACUGCCAUAUGGGCGUCCUAUUUUCAUAGCUGUUCCAGUGAUGGUGCCGGCAGCCACAACUUUUGCCCUGCGGGACCGAAUUCAUGGUGCAAGCACAAGCGUGCGGAAGCACUGGGGGAGCCUUCACCUCGCCACACCCCGCUGUUGACAAAAGCACAGGGAAUGACAAUCCUGCCCAUAUAUAAGCGCCUCACCGACGAGAAGCUCUUGGCUCGGUGCCUUCACGGAAAGACACAGAAUGCGGCCGAGUCGCUCAAUAGUAAAAUAUGGCUGUUGUGCCCGAAAACCAAGUUCGCCUCCAGGACUACUGUGGAGACGGCCACAGCGAUUGCUGUACUUUGGUACAACAAAGGCCAUACAGGCUUUGAAAGAGUGCUGGAAGAGAUUGGAAUACUUUUUUCAGAAGAUUUGGUCAUGCAUGGUGACCAUUGCGAUCAAAUGCGCAUCAAGAAAAUGAACACCAAGCAAACAGCGCAAGCCAGGGCACAUCGUCGCAGCACAGUGAAGAGGGCCCGGAGUGAGGAAACAACCCGCAAGAGCCAGGAGGGACAAAGUUAUUGUGCUGGAGGGUUUUAGAAACUUGUCAGUGCAUUUUGCCAUUGUGGCCAGAUUUUAUGUAAAUAGAGUGGCAUUUCAAUGAAUAGA